AUGGCUACUCGCUCCUUCACUAUCUUCCAGGACGUCCCAUCAUCACCAAAGACCUUGACCUUGAAGGCCACAACCUCGGUUCUCUCAUCCAUGACUACGACGAACGUUGAUAAAGUCGGCACACUCCCCAGUCUUGCUACAGAGGCAGACAAGGAAAAUCUUGACCCGUUGACUGGCGAGCGAGUUAAUGCCAAUUCUAAAGGCACCGCCAAGAAACGCAAGAAUAAUACAUCGUCUUCCAAGGCCCUUGCCUCCAUCGAAACGAAAAAGCUCAAGGAAGACCAAGGAUCUCAGUUGAAGAAGCGCAAGUCGUCGGCUUCGUCAGCUGUAAAGAAGGGGAGGGGAGGAAAAAGAGCUCCCAGCUCAACUCGUAAGACGAGCAAGAAGCUUCACGCAGCUCCUUGCUUGCCUUCGGUCGAGGAAGAGUCCACCGAGAAUGUUGUCCCAGAGGGUAGCGAUAUUGCUCUAGCACUGCCUCUGACGCGGGCGGAGAUUGAUGCGAAGUGCUAUGAGCUCACAGUCAAGCCUCUGGCAGAUGUCACCCAGGCUUUUGAGCAGGCGCCGGGUGCUGAAGAGUGGUUCGCAGAUGUUCCUGAAGACGACCUUGAGUCUAAGCUUCAGUUCGUUAAGGAGACAUCUCAGGAACCCGAACUACGCGACUUUUUCACUCCCGUUCAUUUGGGCUAUGCCAGCGCUGGUUCUAGCCGUUCUGCCUCCACUAUCAGUUCUCAGGAACCGAAAGUGUUCACCACUCCCGAUCGCAAACAAAUUUAUCAUACUUUCACAUUCGCAUCUCCCUCGCCUGUGUGCCCUGCUAAAAUCACCAGAUCAACAUCUGUUCCGCGGCUCAUCAUUUCGAGUCCCGCGAAGACAGAAUCAUAA